AUGCUAAAACAGCCGGAUUUUUUUACCAAACUCCCACUCCGCUUCUAUUCUAACACUACUGUGUUCCUUCUUCCGUUGCAUCGAUGUGCGGGUGUAUUGGACAAUGCUAACUUCCGCUGCCAUGGUCGUCGUCCACGCGCUCUACCAGUUGUCCAGCGAACGGAUUCCGGUCUGCACUGUGUUUCUAUAGACACUGUGGCAGAGCUGGUCACUGAUGCUGGUGAAAAACGCAACAUCAGCUUUGUGAUCGUUGACUGCCGCUUUCCCUAUGAAUAUGAAGGUGGUCACAUUCGCGAUGCUAUCAACAUAUUCACUCACAGUGAUCUUGUGCAAGAAAUCUUCAACCGUGUGCCGGCUCAGCGCCCUCCAGGAAAAUCCGGUCCACCGAAAUUGUUGGGUGGGAGCUUGGCUCGACGUCUCUCUAAGGCACCUAGAGAGCCGCUCUCCGCACCCUGUGAACCCAUUUCAGAUGAGGACGACUCCGAUGAUUAUGUCAGUUUUGACCAUUUUACCUCUGAAGCUUCGCAACUAGAACUGGCGGUUGCCAAAACAGAGGAGCAGAAUUGUUCCGUACAUUCGGACGAUGCACUCGGAGCUCGAUCGGAGCCCAGCUUGAGCACAGUUAGCAACGGGAGUAGUUCCAGCGGUUCCACUACCACAUAUGAACCAGCUUUCGUUGUCAUCUUCCAUUGCGAAUUUUCCUCCCAACGAGCCCCCGACUUGGCAACCUUUCUGAGGAAUAUCGACCGAAUAUCAAACUACCAUCGGUACCCGUUUCUGUACUUCCCGGAAAUCUACAUCAUGAAAGGGGGCUACUCCGCUUUUUAUCAAAGCUAUCCUCAUCUGUGCGCACCCGACAACUACGUCAAAAUGUCUCACCGGGAUUACCGAACGCAAUUUCGCAUAUAUCGUCGCCUCACCAAGCGAGUUAGUUCUGCCUGCAUAGCCUGCAUCCGUCCACAGCACAAACUACUCCACUCACCGAUUGUAGACACGGUGACCAGUUUCGAUCAGCCGUCUGUCGGUCGGCCGACCUCAAGUACAGUGGUCCAACCGACACCGUCUUCUACUUCCAAAACUUGCACCAAUCUGCUAUCAGCUGUGGUAUUAGGUGGUGAAGUCACACCAUCCGCCACGACAGAUGCGAAGGAGAAUCUCCCACCCAUUUAUGUCAAUGUUACAAAGGUGGAUGCGCCCCACCGACUCAGCUCUCUGCAUUCCCAGCGCGCUUGUGAUCCAUCUCCCACAGCAGACUCGCCAGUUACUGAAGCGUCCAUGGAGGAUGCAGACAGUUUAAACGAUAGCCCCCUGAGUUUGGCCGAAACUGUCGUUCGGGUCGGACAACGUGUGAUCGCCGCCACUUUGUCCGCUACCGAUCCUUCUUUGGGAGUAGACAAUCUGCUACGAAAGUGUACUGAACAGUUACCCACCCAGACUUUUGGAUCGAACAACCAACUUGCAAUCGUUAGAUCAUUAAGGCGUUCAAAUACUGAUGUCUGUAUGUUCCGUGGACGGGCUUCCGGCAAACCCGUAACCCCGCGACGGGUUCCACUUCGUUGUCUCGUCGCUGACCCUUUCGGUUCCCAUGAAACAGGUUGCGCACAAACCACUCCAGCGUUCGGUCGGAAGCGUUCUGAAUCGGUGAUAGGCGGGUUGUCUAUUUCUUAG